UCCUUUGGACUCUUACAAUUCUGUUUUCUUCUGAAUUGUUAAACGAAGAACUUAUAUUUCUAGCAAUGACACCUAUAACAAGAUACCUUGGGACACAACAGACUGUGAUAUGGCAAGUAUUGUUCUGGUUUUCUUCAUUAAGCAUCCAGAUUAUCUCAGGUCAAUUGCAAUACUCAAUACCUGAAGAAAUGAAAAAGGGAUCUGUAGUUGGGAAUGUGGCAAAAGAUCUUGGAUUAAAUGUUAAGGAACUUGUGCUUAGAAAAUUUCAAAUAGUUUCUUAUGUUACAAAGCAAUAUUUCAGCAUUGAUAUGGAAAAUGGAGAUUUAAUUGUAUCAGAGAGAAUUGACAGAGAAAUAUUAUGUGGAGCUAAACUGAGCUGCUUUCUAAACUUGGAAGCUGUGAUUGAAAACCCUUUGACUUUUUACACAAUCACGAAAAUCCAGGAUUUAAAUGAUAAUGCACCAACAUUUUCUAAGAAAUACUUUGAUAUUGGAAUCAGUGAAUCUGCUUUACCUGGAGUACAUUUUCCAUUAGGAAAUGCAGAAGAUCCAGAUUUAGGCACCAAUUCUAUACAAAGUUAUACUCUUAUAGGUGAUGGAUACUUCCAUAUUGGAGAAAGAACUACGAAGGAUGGAAUAAAAUAUUCAGAAAUUAUACUAAAAAAAUCUUUGGACAGAGAAAAGCAGAAUUUCUAUGAGUUAAUUCUAACUGCUUUUGAUGGGGGUGAACCACCUAAAACUGGCACCGCCAUAAUUAAGAUCACUGUUCAAGAUGCUAAUGACAACUUUCCAGCUUUUAUGAAAGAUAAUUAUCAGAUAAGUUUACUUGAGAGUGUUCCAAUUGGUUUUCUGGUGGUCCACUUAAAUGCAACUGAUGCAGAUGAAGGUACAAAUGGCCUGAUAUCUUAUUCCUUUAGCCAUACCCCUAAAAAUGCUAAUCAAAUAUUCUCUAUAGAUUCCAUAACAGGUGACAUAAAGAUAAAAGGUGGUCUAGACUAUGAAACAUCAGAUAGCUAUGAAUUGACUGUAGAAGCUAAAGAUGGUGGAGGUCAUGUCACACAUUGUAAGGUAUUAAUACAAGUGAUUGAUGUGAAUGAUAAUGCCCCAGAUAUAACAGUUACCACUCUUUCAACAACCAUUCCAGAAGAUUCUCCACCUGGUACUGUCAUAGCAAUAAUUAAUAUCCAUGACAUGGAUUCGGGCAUGAACGGAGAAGUUGUUUGUUUGAACUCAGAUAUAAAGGAAUUUCAGCUGUUACCAUCAUCUAGUAACUAUUAUAAACUUGUAACUGCAGCUAGCAUGGACCGAGAAAAGAAUUCUGGAUAUAAUGUUACAAUUCAAUGUAUGGAUAAAGGAACUCCUCCUCUGUCUACCAACAAAACCAUUCAGUUAACUAUUUCAGAUGUGAAUGACAAUGUUCCAGUUUUUGAGAGAAUGAACUACAUUGUCUACAUUAUAGAAAAUAAUCAACCUGGUACUUCAAUACAAAAUAUUUGCGCUUCAGAUUUUGAUCAAGGUGACAAUGGGAAAAUUACGUACAGCAUUGUGAACAACAAUAUUGAUAAUAUUCCAGUAUCUUCAUAUGUUUCCAUAAACUCAAUGACUGGCAUUCUCUAUGCUCAGAGAUCAUUUGACUAUGAACAGUUGCGGGAAUUUCAGUUGCAGGUGAUGGCUAAAGACAGUGGAUCUCCUCCUCUAAGCAGUAAUGUCACAGUGAGGAUAUGUAUCAUUGAUAAGAAUGAUAAUGCCCCUAAGAUUCUCUACCCAUCACCAGACACCGAGGGAUCAGCAUUAUUUGAGUUUAUUCCUCACUCUGCCGAGAAAGGUUAUCUGGUCACCAAAGUGAUUGCAGUGGAUGCUGACUCUGGACACAAUGCCUGGCUCUCCUAUCACUUACUACAAGUUCUUGAUUCAUCUUUAUUUGGAAUUGGUCAACAUACUGGUGAAAUAAAGAUUUUAAAAGAUUUCCAAGAUGUUGAUAAUUUAAGGCAAAAACUUGUGGUUUUGGUGAAGGAUAAUGGAUCCCCAUCACUGUCAUCUACAGUUACUUUGAAUUUAGUUGUGGCAGAGAAUUUUCAGCAAGUAUACCAGAGAUAAGAAGACAACCAACAAAUUCAGAGAAGACAUCUGUCACUUUCUAUCUAGUCAUAUCCAUAGCUCUGAUUUCUUGUCUAUUUAUUAUAACUGUUAUCAUUACGGUAAUUUUCAAAUACAGAAAAGCCAACA